UCAACUCCCACACAACCAUCUUGACCCUAUUGAACCGGGCUACACAAGAUUGCAUCAUAGCCGUACUAUUGUAGACAUCUACGUCCGUUCUCUAGUUUUCAAGUGCACGCUCAACGAACUAUAAGGAUACGUAGACAAUAGCAACGCCUACUUCAAGCCGGGCUUCCAGCUCAGACUCGGCAACUCUCCAAGUGCGCCGCUCGACGACAACGUCGUGAGCUCAGAGCACUUGCCGUGAACAGCUUGCCAGUUCCAGAGACAAACCUUGUUCUCCAACCAGCUGGUUCGCGCCCUAAUUGGACCGAGUAUUAGCCUCGCACAAUGGCUGGCAUCCUUGUGAUGGGCGUCGCCCUUGGCUUGCAAGAGGGAGGAAGGAAGCUCAAGGAAAAGAGAGAUGAGAGGAAGGCAAAGAAAGCUACUCUGGCAGCCGAAGCACAUGCGCCUGCCGAAUCGUCUUUAUCUGGCGCAGUGCGCAGCCACUUCACGCGCAGAGAGUUCAGGCCAGAGAGGAAGAGCGAGGAAGCACAAAGAGCGCAACAGCGCCGCAGCUUCAGCUCGGAGAGAGCCCAAGAAGAAGACGCGCCACCAAGCUACGACGAAGUCGCGCGGCCAACGUAUGAAGAAGCUAUGCGGGAUAAUCAGCGCAGAGCCUGAUUCAACUUCAGGUUCCUGAUGCAGUAAAGCGCUCGACUUUGUUCGUAUUAUCGUUAUAUGUUCUUUUCGGUCCAUUGGCUUGUUUGCACCAAUAUCUCGUUUAUUGUUGUAGAACUUCUGCUCUCGUUCAUUCAUUCUGAAAUCUCCUUCUUCCUUUUGUCGUGGAGCAAGUCAAUACACCAUCUUUCGACCAGUUUUACACUCCCCAAGCUAGCGCUCUGCUCUCGAAUGUCCUUCCUGCCGAAUUUGCGAACAGCCGCCACGCGAAGUUCGUCUCAAAGCGGCCAGCUGGGUG